AAAGUGAUAAAGACAUCUCCUCUCUCUCUUUUUAACUUUCUUUUAAACUUGGAUUUCAGUGCUCACUCCUUCCAAAUAAUCUCUUUUUGCUCUAUCUUUUUAAUGAUACUCAUAUAUCUCUAGAAUAAAUAAACCCCUCUUAAUUCUACAAACCAUGGUUGUAACACAGGAUCAUGAGGUACCUAGUGGAUGGCCACUUGGGCUUGAAAACAUGAACAUAAGGCUUAGAGUAGCUGAGAGAACUCAGAUUGUAACAGCUGCAGCAGCAGCAGGAGAAGCAGCAUACCGUUUAUACGUAUCUUCACCUAGUUUCUCAUCUUUUUCAUCCUCCAGCCUUGACACUCAGUCCACAAUGUCUUUCUUCCAGGAUCAAAGUGUUUCUCUAGGCCGACUCAUCGGUAUUAAACCGGGAACCAGAGGUAGAUUGGAGUUUUCAAAUAGAGUUCAUAAUGAGAAAAAUGAGAAUGUUUCUGCUAGAAGAUCAGAGUCAGAGGAUUACAAAGCUCAAAAAGGGGAUAAUAUGUCACAGAAAGUUUGUGUUCCAUUGCUACAUAAUGUGUUAGAGAAAAUGAGUCGUAGUAAGAGUAAUUCACACGCACCUAAAAACUGAUUUAUUUAUUUUUUUCACAAAUGUUUUAGGCCUGUUACCUAAUUGAUUGUGAUAUUGUCAAUUCUGUUUUUUCUUUUGUUUUCUUCUUUGUGUUUUGAUAAUAAAAUUGUACUCAACUGAACAAAAUAACACACAGUUGUUACCAUCC